AAAAUUCCACAUUUUUAUACCGUUCUGAACUUCUUACUCAAAUUUUCAGUUUUUCUAGAGCGUUGCAGUUGUUGACUAAUCUCGUUUUCUGGAGAGUUCAGACCGGAUGAUGCUGAAGCGGUAGAAUUAGAAAAUUUUACGGCAGUUCCAGAAUUUUUAACUUCUACAGAAGCUGCCCUGAAACCUUCGGUUUACUUUCGGACCUUGCUUCGCUCCGAAGCCCCGCACCAUGAGUAGCAAGAAGGUGCAUUUCAACGAAACCGUUACGAGAAUGGAAUUUUUCGCGGAACCCACCCAGGGUCACAACCCGAAAAAAUCAUGGUGGAAGCGGUUAAAAUCGUCCCUGACAUGCCUGUUUCCUUGCAUGAGAAAACGCCAGCCGGAGUAUUACAAUGUCGAGCAGGCGGUUGAGAAUUCAGGCCAUCGUCUGCCGGUGGCGAUUAUCACGGUCCCUGUGGAAGAACUGAAGAUUGUCCUGGAAGAGCUCUCCGCGAACCCUCCGAUGGAAGAGCUCGAUAUGGGCGAGACUUGGGAUGACCGUAUGGUGGACCUUCGGUCAGUUAAUUCCGGGACGUCGGCCAGUGGUUCGGAAGAUUUUCGAGAUUCUCUGGAUUCGUUCGAACACAACGAGCGAUUGAUGGAAAAGACUACGCCGGAAAAGGUGGUUAACGUCGUUGUGGAACUGGAAGAGAAGGCCAUGCAGGUGCCGGCUGAGGACAGCACUGGUGUAUCAGGAGACUCGGUUCCGUUCUCGAGUUUGGCAAGCGAUGUUAAAAUGGACAGUAUCGAAGUUGCCUUCGUGGCUACGCCAUCAAGAUCCGACAAUUCCUAUUCCGAGGCUGCUUCGACCUCGCCGCCAGACAACGGUCGCCGUGUUUCCCCACCAGAGUUUCCUGUGCGGGCGCUGUAUACGCCGACACGCAACUUGAAGGUAGAAUAUGAGUCGCCCGUCACCGCCGGGGACGAUAACAGUGGUGAAUGCAUCUACGAUGGACGGGCUGAUGACACGGUGCGCUGGAGUACACCGUUGAAUAACGGCCGUCCACCUAAUCCGCCCUUGUUCAGUGCUGACAGUACAAUUUUGGAGGUGUCGUCUAGCAUGGAGGAAAUGGACGAGGGUAUGGGCUCUUUAGAGACAUCAUCUGGGGAAACUGAAAGAGCAUGUUAUCAUUGUGGUGAGGAUUGUCGGAGAGCUUUUUGUGUCCGAAAAGAACUGCCACGUACUGCGGUCAAAGCUCGGGUUCCGAAACUGGAAAUGUGGAUAUAAGCUUGAAUCCAGUUUGCAUCCUUUUUCUGGCUGCUGGGUCAGAUACACAAAGUUCGGUUUGUUAGUUUGUUGAUUUAACGCUUUUUGAGAAUCUGGUCGAAAUUUACUGAGCGGGUCUGAAUUCUCAGCGCGAAUUUUUUUCUCUUUUCUUAAAGAUACUCUUUUUGUCGCUUGCAUUGUUUGGCAGAUGCAGUUGUGAUCGGCCAGGUAUUACAGUUUGUGCUGGCUGUGUAAAUGUGUAUUUUUUGUUGUGCAGAGUUUUUGGUCAUCUUCGUUUUGCCUCUUUGCAGCAGCAUUUGUUUGGAGGACUCGAAUGUACUGCAUGCUUUUUCCAUCCGUUCAAAACGAGUUUUUUGUUCUCCGCUGUGUACUGUGCUGAAGAUUUUUGGAAUGCAAAACGAUUAAAU